AUGAGCGAUCGAGACGAUUUUUCGGAAUUAAUUGGGAGUGCACGUAACGUGACAAAACGUUCAUCAUUUUAUUUCAAUGGUCGCAUUCGUUAUGGCACAAAGGGUGAAAAAGUUGAAGAACGUUUAUUGUGUAUGGAUGCAUUUCGUGUAUAUAUCUGUUCAACAAAAAUGCCUGUUAAAAUCGAAUCACAAUUCAAUAUCUUAACAAUAAAACUAAUCGAUCGAUCAAGUGAUUCUCAUGUUAUCAUCGAAACAGAUGAAAAGCAAACUCAUUCGUUAUACAGUUUCAAUGAAAAAGCAUCUUUGCAACCAUUUCUCAUAAUUCUUAUCCGAAGUUUGCAUGCUGUUUUUCCUCAUAGAUUGCAAGCGAUAGUGGAAAUUCGUCCCGAGAAUGAAUAUGAUAAAUUAUUACGUUUAUCAAAUGAAUCUUAUGAAGAUAUGACUAAUGAUAUUCGUCCGUGUGGUGGCUUUUCUGUUCGUUAUGAAUGCGCCUGUGAUUUCUUUGAAUCGCAAUGUCAUAGAUCUGUCCAAAGUCUCGUUGAUACUGUCUUUGCUCAUCGAACAUCACGUGAAUUCACAUUUCGCGAAUUUGAAUCAUUCACACAAAAAGAUUGGUUACCGAUAAUCAGUGCAUUACGUCAUAAUGAUUGGUUCACCAAAUUAUCGAUAGAGCAUGUGAAAUUAUCAUCGGAGAAUCUUGAAGAACUGUGUACAGUGACGCGUUUAUGCAGAGCAGUCAAUGAUCUACGUUUGAUCGAUUGCAAUCUUUCCAAGGAGUUUGCGACACGAUUUAGUCACUGUUUGUCCGUAACUCUGAUUGAGAAUCUUGAUUUAUCUUUCAAUCCACUCGAAGAUAAAGGUUUGAUCGCGUUGUGUUCAUCGUUACAACAGCGUAAAUUGCCCAUUCGGUCAUUGAAUCUUCAAUCGUGUUCAAUUUCGCACAAAAGCUUACAAAUCUUCAAUACGGCAUUGAUCAGCAAUAGUUUCAUCUUGAAAAAUCUUCGAAUUCUCAAUAUCUCCGGCAAUCGAAUCAAAGAAGAAAGCUGUGUCACCCUGCUGUUUUCUAACAGUGAUAAUGUUUUAGAAGAAUUACACUUAAGUGACAUUGAAUUUAGUUUGGAAUCGUUCUUUAAUUCAUUGGCAACACUGUCGUGUAACCUUCGACGUUUGUUCAUUUCAUCAACAAAAUCUUCAAGUCCAUCGACAACAAGCUCAGGUGGUGUAAAAUCGUUUUUUACCAAGAACGAAUCAUUGGAAAUUUUACAAUUAUCCAAUGCCAAUCUGUCACUGGAAUUUCUCAGAGAAUUAUGUGAUGGCUUGCAUUCGAAUAUUCAUUUGAAUAAACUCGAUCUACGUCUCUCAGGAAAUUCACUAGAAUCAUUCGUUCGCGAAUACGCACAUCGAUUUGCCACGAUUCCAAGUUUAACUGCCUUGGACCUCAGCGCUUGUGAUUUGGAUAACGAAAUUGCAACUUUAUUAACUGAAUUGAAAAAGAAUCGCAAAUUGAAAUCACUUCAUCUCGGCAGAAAUUUCACAAAUACAAAAGCAAAGAACAUGUCACGAACAAUUUCUUCGAUGAGAGAACUUAUUAUCGAAAGUGAACUGCAAUACUUGUCGCUGAGUGAUUCCAAGUUGAAAGAAAACCUCGCGGAUGUUUUGCUCGCAGUCAUUUACAACACAUCGUUAACAGUUCUCGAUAUACGGGGUAAUUUAAUGGGCGAUACAGGUGUGCGUGUGUUGAGUCAUAUACUGCAAAUGAAUCGACAUUUACAUACAAUAUAUUUCGAUCGGAAUUCGAUUUCUUUAAACAAUUUCGAAGAAAUUGUCAAUGCAAUGGAAGAAAACUCUAUCAUUCAAUAUUUACCUGUCCCAAUAACAGACAUAGUACAAAUGAAAACCGAAAAAGAUCGUAUGGAAAAACUGCAAUAUCUCAUGAAUAAGCUUGAUACUCUUUGUGCACAAAAUCAAGAAUUGAAAGAAAAUAUCUCGUCGCCGGAUUCCCUACUUGUUACAACUGCAGCGAAUCUGACACGAGAAAGAAGCCAAUCAUGCGAUCAUCAGCGACAAUUGAUGGGCGAUCUAACAUCGUUGGAAUAUAUUCUUUCAUGUUUAAAUCGGCCAAAUAGUAAACAGGAAGAAGUUCAAUCGUUUCUGUCGCGAACAGCACGUAUUGAUAAAAUUUCUUCGGAAUUAUAUGAAUUUUAUACGAACGAAGAAGAUCAAUUGAAAGAAGAAUGGAAGAAAAUGUGUAAAGCAUUCGAGGAGAAAUUAAUAGAGAAAAACGAACGAUUAUCACGGAAAUUCUAUCAAUUAUUCAAAGAACAAACGAUGAUCAAUUAUGAUGAUAAAUUACAAGAACAAGUUCGAACAUAUUUUACGGCUUCAAAGGAAAACAUCGAUCAUCUAUUGCAAAAAGAAACACCUGCUCGAUUAGCAACUUACACUCGAGAAUGUUAUAUAAAUGUCGCCACUUGUUUACAGAAACGAGCUUAUGAUACAACGAAUGAUAUGGCUGUAGAAAUGCAAAAACAACUAGAAGCAAGCAUGCUUCAAAAUGCUGCCCUUCAGAUAUCAGUAUCUGAUGGCACACAACAUCCAUCGACUAUUGAUCGUAUUGUCAAUCGUGGUGCAAAUGCUGUUUAUCGUAUUACGCAUAAACAUAGCAAUGGUCAACCAGAAACAGCUGAUGACUCAACGGCCAACCGUUCAUUGAAGAAGUCUGACUCGAAUGAAUGUCUUACUGAUCCUUCGCCGAAACCUGUUAAAGCGAUGCUUAAAGACGAUCGUCUAUUGGCAACAGCACAAAACAAAGGAUCUCCACUGCCUGUUCCAACAUCGCCGAAACCACCUCCACCAGGCGUCGGUUGGCGUCGAUCAGUUUUAGUCAAUACAAACGAGUCCGAAACUGCUUCUACAGCUGAUGCAAUUUAUAAUAAUGUACCGGUGGCGACUCGUCUUACGAAGAACGAUACACCGAUAGAAGAUGAGGGAGACCUGAUUGAACAUGAUCUGUUAGAUUUAGUCGAGCAAGAACAACAGAAAGAUUUGCAAAAGAACACGCCACCAGCUAUACCAGCAAAGAAAAGAUUAGCACCGGUAGCACAAGACAAUAGCCUCGACAUCGAUGUUGAAUCCUCGAUCAAACUAGUUCAUCCUGGUAAAGAUCGACCUCGCCGUGCAAAUAUUAAACCACCGGUAAAACGCGGAACGAACGGUGCUGCACAAGAUAGUUCAUCCGAUGGAGGACUUGACAAUGACGAUAAUAGCAUUGGGGACACACCACCACUGCCAGCACCGACAUCCUCGAUAUCAACAACAGAAACACCGGCAGCUGCUACAGCAGUUGAUACUUCAACAUCAGAAUUACCACCGAAACACGCGAAUAUUUUGAAAAAAACGGCGACCAAACUCUUCAAAUCAGCAUUGAAACCAAUGAAGUCAAACGCCGACGAACCGUCUCCACCGCCUGUUCCAGCCAAAACUCAACAACAUCUACCAACACUUCAAGCACGCUCAUCAAAUCUUCAACAGCAAACGAGCACACCCUUAGGAGCCAGUAACGCAAUGUCACGAUCUGCAUCGGGGCCCGGUAAUGAGUCGUCACAAAUUAUCAAUUCAGAUUCGAUUCAUGAACCAUCGCAAACAAAAUCUUCGUUGUUUUCUCUCUCCAACAAAGACGAACAAAAAGAAGCAGGUGCUGCGUCAGACACUGUUAUAUCACCAGUUCCACCGGUAUUAAAUCGAUCUGGUAAGCCCACUAUCGGCACACGUGUAUUACCAGCACUCGAACCAAAUGGAGAAGCUCCACCAGUUAAAUUAAGACACUUCUCCUCGGAGAAAAAAGUUAAUCCAACUGCGACAGAGAAUUCAACAGGGUCCGAACCAGGUUCAGCUGGUGGUGAUCCAGCAACAUCUGAUAAUGAACAGUAUAAACUGAAAGAAAGAGCUCGUAUGUUGACUACCACAAUACCUCCGAUGACCUUAAAUGAAAAGAAGCCAACAACAUCUCCAUCGAACACUUCAGUUACAUCACCUUAUACACCGCGAAAUAAUCGACGAAUAAUUGAACAAGUGAAUUUAUUUUGUUGA